AGUUUGGGUUCUGUGGCUGUUUAUUAAAAUGAUGGCAGUUGAUUCUAUAUCAAUUAAAGAAUUUUAAAGAUUAAUUUCUCGCUAAAUAGGUUAUUAAUACUUCGGGUGAUUGAUAUCGUGAUAUGUCAGAUAACUGCAAAAUGUCUGUUGCUGAAUUCUUAAAGGGUUUGCCUUCGCACAAUGAAAAUAAUUUUGCCAAUUUUCAUACAGACAGUGGAAACAGAACUUGUGUAAAAAAACCUUCAGUUUAUCUUCCUACAAAAGACCAUCCUUCAGAACAAAUUAUAGUCACAGAGAAAACAACCAUAUUAUUAAGGUACCUUCAUCAACAUUGGGAUAAAAAUCAUGCUGAUAGAAAACGUGAUAUUUUAUCUGCUAAUGGUGACUCAGAAGAUGAUGCUGCUACAGUCCAUAGCAAAAGGCCACGUCUUGAUUUAAACCAUACCGUUUAAAAUACACCUCAGUUAUAAUUUUCACUGUUUACUAAACUACAUUUCCAUUAUCUGCUAAACUAAUUUUCAUUCUCUAUUAAACUAUAUGAUUCUUGAAUAUUACAAACAUAUCUAUAGUUCAAAAAAAUUAUUUCUAAACGUUGCUCUUUUAGUUUCUAAAUAUAUAAUUUGGAUUAAAUAUUAUGUGAAAUAUAAAAAAUAUAGGGAAAAACAUUUUCAAGUAAUAUUUCUUUAGAUAUAUAAAGACAUUAUAUUUUUAUGCAAUCAUUUCGUACUACUUUGUAUUCUUGAAAUUCGGUUGAAAAAAUUCGUAUUAGCACAUUAAAUAAUGCUCUACAUUGCACAAUAUGUAGAAAUAAAUGGGUUCAUUACUACUGGUAAAAUGUAAAUCUGUAACUAAUGCAAAACAUGUACAUUACAAUUCUACUAAAAUUUCUUUAAUUCAGGUAGUAAUGGACCAUUUAUCUCGAAAUAAUUUUAUAAAUUUAUGUUACAAAUGCUCAUUUUAAAUAUGUACUGUAUAUUUAGUGAUAUAAGUUUUCAAUAUAUAUCUAAUUUAAGAAAAAUA